AUGAAGGGGAAAACAGAAGUCAAAUGGACUGAAGAUUAUGGAAACACAAAAGUAACAUAUCAUGGCAAGGAUAAGUACUUCAGCAUCCAGUAUGACAUUCUUCAGGCAAACCAAGGUGACAACGUUAUCUGCCCGGGUCGCCACGUCUACCCAUUCAACGUUCAGAUACCUGCCCUACCCCUGCCGUCUUCCUUCAGCGGCUCCAAGGGGAAGAUCCUAUACACUCUGGAGGCGAUCCUGAGCCGUUCGAUGAGAAUGGACAGCACAGCUAAGACUGAAUUUACUCUCAUCUACAGAGGGGCUCUAAACAGUCACCCAAUAAUGAUGGUUCCGCAGCUGCAGGUUGUUGAAAAGAAAAGGAUGUGUUUUUCUUCUGGAACAAUUGCAAUGAUUGUAAAAAUUGCAAGAACAGGCUUCUACCAAGGGGAAGGCAUGCAGGUCAUUGCUUGCAUUCAAAACAAAUCAUCUCGUAGAGUGAAGCCCAAGUACGUUUUGUGUAGGAAGUGCAGCUACUUUGUAAAUGAACACAAGAAACUUGAAACCACACCAAUCCUGAAAGAGGUGGGUGAUCCCAUCCCACCUUCUACUGCUCAGACUGUCACCAGGACCAUCACCAUCCCAGAUGAUACAAGUGUGUCGAUCCUGAACUGUCGACUCCUCAGAGUGGAGUACAAACUCAAGGUCUACCUGGAUGUCAAGUAUGCUUUUGACCCUACGCUCAAGUUCCCCAUCGUCAUCCUUCCUGCUUUACCAGAGCCUGAAGGACAGCAGCAGCCUUCUCAUCUGGUUGCCUACAGAUCUGGUGCAUUCGCAAACUAA